CGCCACGCCCACAUGCACUGACAACUUGAAGGCGUCUGUGCGUCGUAGGUCCCUCUCUCGGUGCACGAGGUCAUCUCUACGGUAAGAAGAGCGCAUUGUCUAUAUUCUGCACCUUCCAUGUAACUUUUCUAACGAUCUGAAAUUAUGGCGGACACAUUGCUUGCCAUUUUACUCGUGACGACGUCUGCGAAAGAGGCGAAUCUCGUGUACCAGUGGCCUGCAAAUCCCGAGUCCCUUCCAAGAUUGAGCAGACCGCAUCCAGAGCAUGCUUCGUCACUUAUUCAGCCUGAUAACGUCUGGAGGGCCUCCAACUUUGGUGAUGCUGGAGAUCCUUUGGACCUUCAACCACGUACACAAAUCAACGAGUCCGAGUACACGUGGAAACGUACCCAAUCUGUGCGCGACAGAUCGACUUCCAUGACCCGCUCAUCAUCCCAUCCUCCCUCUGGAAGGAACUCUCCGACACAAGAUCUGGAUUCCACCACCACCGAAGACGGAUACAACGCCCUCUUUGGAUAUUCAUCGUCCUUCCUAGCAGGCCUUCUAUGCCCGCAGAGGUCUAUGUGCCACCAGAAAUGCGAACUUCUCGUUGACGAUCUCGCUUUUAUCGGGCACCCCGUCUGUGACGACACGGACGGCAAAUGGCGCUUCAGACCUGAAAAUUCUGGGGUCGGCGCCAGAGGCAGGGAGACGAGAAGUCCUGGGUCAGAUGCCGAGGGAAGCCCAGAUAAGGCUUCACAGCAACACGCCCCGUCCAAUUCAACCUGGCUCCAGACUUUCAAUUUUGUGAUUGUCCUCGACCUACCGCAUCCUUCAUCCUCCACAUCAGGCAAUUACCUCAAGUACAUAGAUAUUGUAUACGAACAGAUCGUAUUCACGAUGACUGCCGUCCUUUAUCAAGAACAAGUCCUACACAAUUUCGUGGAGGAAGAAUGUGGUACACUGGGUUCACUCAAGGAUAGUUGUAUGGCAAAAGGUGAACCGUUUUCGAACUUCAUGGACCAAGCUUUAGGAUUUUCCUCUAUCGCGCCGGCCAUGAAAGCGCUCUACGAAGCUAUCAAAUUGUCUACAAUGGCCUACGUCACGAUAAACAACAUUCCUCUCGAGUUGCAGCUUCCGCCAUUUCUGGAUCAAAUCCUGUACUCCGAAGAUGACGACCUUCAUCAGCCUGAGGAUGAAGAAUGGCAGAGUUGGGGCCCAGAAAUGGCUUUCGGCUGGAGACUGCCGGCGUUGGCGCCUUGGAAAGGUUUGCUGUUGCUAGACGACUCCUUGAACCUCAGGACACCUCACAUCGAUGGCGAUGAUCACAAUAUGAUUGAAGGCCUAGUAAAAUUCAUGGAGAUUGCGUCUAUUACACUUUCGCUGGCCGACAUGGGCACCCUGUUAGACUGGGACCUAGAGUCGCAGUUGUUCCCGACCGUUCGUUGGCUCGUUCAACAUCGGCGGGCAAAGGUUGUCGAUAUCGUACACACCGGACUGAAGACUUUAUUCAUUCUUCCUCCGAAACUUCCAGCACCUGUACGGCAACUGACCUUUGAAUUCGAGAAAGAAUUUGCCCUACAGCCAGUGUCCUCCCUUCCCGAAAUACUAUCUGCGAUAUCGACCUCGUCUGGUACACACUUCUUUGACGUCGUUGUCCAGUCCAAGGCCCUGAUACCUUCGUAUCAAAACGUAAUUGCAUGGAUGCUCAAACGCGAUUUACUCGUCGCCCUCCACCUCCGCGUACGCAUAGUCGCUACCAAGGAGCUCAAAUUACGCGUCAAGCACCGCAUCGAGAAAGCCCGGGCGAAAAAGGCCAAUAAGAACCGGAGCAAACUAUCCCAGGAAGUCGACACGGACUACUCGCCGCCUAUGACAUCGAUGACAUGGCUCUCCUUAUCGCCAAAGGCUGCGCGCGCGUAUUCACGUGGUGCAUCAACGGAAUCCGAGAGGAGCAGAGUGGAAGUUGACGACCAAGAUGAGCUCGAGGAGGAGGAACAGGAGUGGGAUUCUGGAUGGGACACGAACGAUGAUAAUUUGACGUCGUCCAUAAUCAAGGACCCAAGUCGUGCGACGCCUCUGCAGCGUCAAUGGCUCUCAGCCAUGUCAGAAGGCAAGGACGCUCUCAUCGCUAAGCGAUUUGAUCAUAUCAAUCAGUAUUUCGACGGGAAGCGGACGGAUGAUGAGAUCUUGUACCGUGCUGAAAUCUCACGCAAGCAGCUUCGACAAUUACUUCACCAUUAUGACGAAUAUCUUCAAACUUUCUUACAUCCGUCAUAAUGUCGUCAGCCCGCAAUAUGUAUGAUAUUUAUACAUGAGUUAAUGAACAUAGGUACAACAGUGGCUCCCGUCCUAUAUACAUAAUACUACAACCAUAACAAUCUAGAAAAACA